AUGAAACGUGUUCGUGAUGAAGCCGAGGCCACGGCGGCGCCAUCAUCAAACGGGCAAGCCGUUCCAGCACCUUCCCCCGUCGCAGCGUCUACCAUCGCUUCCUCUUCCACUUCCUCGUCCUCCCCCCACGCCCUUCACUUUGAAGUGAUCUACAGCAUCACCUCUCGGCGUAGCGGGUCUCUGGAGGCGGAGCGGGCUGCAGUGCUGUCGCGCCUGCUCGGUUCGGCUGCCGCAGCGGCCUCCUCGUCGUCCACCGCUGCCUCCCCGCCCUCUGCCCUCGCCCCGACUGUGGCGGCGGUGGCGGCCAACGUGUCGGCACUGCUGGAGGAUGAGCUGUCUGUCUGCCUCGGUGGCCGCACGCGUGAGCUUGUCUAUCAGCAGCUGCUUCACAGCAGUGAGGAAGGUUCCCUUUUGCGCUUGUUGACGGUGGAGUUGGUGGCGAACGACGGCCGCACCCUCGUCUUGGCAUCUCCACAGACCCACCUGAGUGGCGGGGCACCCUCUACCACAGCACCGCCACCGCUGCUGAUAGACGUUGCGGGCGCGGAGGCGAGCGAGGAGGUUGUGGCGCACCCUGCUGAUCUGUUGCUGCUCCGCUGCCAGCCUAGGAAGCCGGUCGCAGACGGUGAGACGGCGACGACGGACGCCGCAACGGCACCGUCUUCUUCCGCUGCAACGGAGGUUGCGACACACGUGGAAUUCGUGACUUUCAACACAGCCCUCUUCACCGCACAGGACGUCGAUCUGUGGCGGGAGGCGGUGCAUGGCAGUGUUGUGGUCGUGGUGCGCUGGCUUUCCGCGUUGCUGGAGCAGCCGCCUGGGCUGGCGCAACUCGCCUUUUUAGAAGCCGCCGCCUCCUCGCUCAGUGCAUCCGUGACGACGGGGGCGAAGGGCAUAGCCAUCGCGGCCACCGAGGGGUGGCGGCGAGCGCUGCAGCUACCUUUGCUGCUGCGUGUCAAGCCGGAGGUGAUGCGGAGCGCGGACAUGGAGACACUGGAUCGCCUGCGCCGCACCAUCGUCUUCGCCCUCGAGACGAUCCUUGGCGUUUUUCUCCACGUUGAGUCCGCUAUGCGGCUGCCGCGCUUGUGCCAGCGUCUCGUCUACCUCUUCCUCGCCUCCCCGCUGUUCGUGGACGGUGCGUCGCAGGUGUCGAUGCAGCUCAUCGCCACCGACGCGGUCGCGUCGACCCGGCAGUCCAUUGCGCAGACGCUGCAGUCGUGUGUGCAGAUGGGCCUGCAGUACGCCAGCGCCGCCGCGGCGUUGAUGGCCGACGCUGCCGCCUCCACCGCCGAGCUGCGCCGCAGUGUUCAACAGGCCCGCAACGGGUAUGAGGUGGUGCUCUCCCGCCUUUCGCACGUUUGGCUGCUGCACUCGGCGAGUCUGAAGAGCAAGCGAGCUGCAGGAACCACGACGGGCCCGGAGGCCGCGAUUUGUGAGGUGUUGGAGUCGGUGGCGGCGAGUGGUGUGUUGCGGCAGGUGCUGCGGUGGCUGCAGCUCGAGGAGGACAUGCGGCGCGCACACGACCACGUUGACAGCAGCCGCAUGGGAGACACGGCGGACGCCAUCACCGAGCUGCUCUCUCCGCCGACGCUGCGACAGCUGCAGGAGGGGCGCUAUUUGCAGGAGCGAACCGUUGCGGAGCAGCUCACGGCGCUGCGGCGCACCUACAACCCGUACCUCAGUCACGAACUGCAGCAGUUUUUGAAGGGCACCGCUGUCGCUGCGUACGCCGAGUUGUACGGCAACACGGCGGCGGCGGUGCGCCGUGUCACGAAGCUGACGGAGGGAGCCGCGGAGCUGCAGCACUUAGGUCGACUAGACGGUGUUAUUGCCGUGCCGUUGGAGACGGUGGACGCGGUGGGUGUGCGUGGUGGCGGCUUAGCUGAGUACUGCCUGACAGAGGUGCAGCAGCACGCCGCCUUUGGGUUGCCCGUCCGCCUUAAUUUGCAUCUCCCGUCUGGGCAUCAGCAGCAUCAGCUGAACACGCUGGAGGCGACGCUGCAGGCAACCCGCUUCACCAGCGAGCCGGGGGUCUGCAGGGCAGAUGCUUCCCUGUUUGCCUACGCCGUGGUGCAGCUGAACGGACAGUGGAUCGCGUUUCCGUUGGUUCUCACGCAGCUGAACCGCGAGUCACAACUGCACCAAGACAGGGAGACGAACGCCAACAGCAAUAAGAGGAACGCGAAGAACACGGCCAACCUCAUCGCACACGUCUUGCGAGACGGUGACAUGUUGGCAGAUUUCGUCACGACGAGCGCCGCAACCGCGGAAAACGGCCGGGCACAGGCGUGGGUGGUGGUCGGCGAGGAGGCCAACGUGCACCGCCGCACCCCGCAUCGCCGCCGCGCCGCUGCCGCUGCUUUCCUCAACGCCGGCGCCGACGCCCCGAUGGAGCGGCUGUUGCCCUCCGGCACGCCUGCCCUGACCUACAUGGACUGUCUGCGUCGCCUGCACGCCCUCUCCAUCACGGUGCGGCAGUGCAAAGCGAGCACGAACAGCAGCAGGCGCCGCUCGGCGGGGGGCGGCGGCAGCGCCGUGGUGGGCCCGAUGGAUCGCCCGUUCGACCCCAACAGCGCGACGGGGCUGUGGAUGGAGCACUUCAUGGACGGCGUCGUCCCGCUGCAGCGCUACGUGCCCUCGCUAGCCCCGCGCGUGGCCUCUUUGCUCUCCGGGAGUGGGGCCACGGCGGGCGUUGCGGCACCGGCGGCCGGCAAGCAGUCGUCCGCCGCUGCCACCGCCGUCUCUCUGCAAACCCUCCUCGCCUCGGUGAACGGCACGGUGCGCUUCUCCUCCGCGCAGGUGGAGGCGCUCUACUCCCUGACGGCGGGCACCGGCUUAACCGCCAGCAGCAGCGCCGCCUUUCUCAGUCCCCCCGCUCGCCCUGGGGCGACCAGCAGUGGCCCCCAGGGAAGCAAGCCCGUUGCGGUGAAGGUGGUAGACGGGUGCACGGGCAGCGGAAAAACCUCCAUUCUGUACGCGUCGGGGCUGCUGCGGGGCAAGCUGCACGCUGCAGCCCGUCACGAGCAGCAGCGCUGUGUGCAGGCGGGACUGAAGCAGGCGGUGUCGGCCGUGCGGCAAGCAGCCGAGGCGCUGCGGCGCGCGUCCGUCACGGAGUUGUUUGCCACGUCGCCGGAAGCGCGGAAUGGGCGCAAUCCUCUGGAGGAAGCAAGCCUUCUAUCUACUGAAGCGCGACAGCAGUAUCAGCGGCUGAACGAGGGGUUCCUGUACUGCUCCACGCCGUUCAUGCUGCGUCCAGCCGCCGUCACCUCCACGGUGCCAGAAGCCGUUGAAGAGCUCCUCUUCAACAACACGCACGACGAGAGGGGGGACGAGGGAGGAGAAACGGAGGCGGCUGUGUGGGCGCGCGGCGAGGUGAAUUCCAUAGCGACGCUGCUCAGAGAGUCGCACGAGCGCUCCCUCAAGGCGCCACUGGCCGCGCAGCUCAACGCGCAACUCCAGUUGUAUCUUGCAACGGGGAGGUGGAGCGGCCGCUGCCGUGCCGCGGGCAGCGUCGCGACGCCGCUGCUGGCGCUGACCAUGUCCGCUCGUGAAACAGCCGAUGUAAUGGCGAGCGCAGCAGCAACCGCUCCAUCCGAGCGUUCUUCAUCAGGUACGUGGGCAGGUUUCAUCGCGGCUCGCUUCUGGCCGGACAGUGCGGUAGCCGACUCGCUAACUCGUGUCGAUGAGUCCGGUAAUGAGGAGGAGGAAGCAGGGCAGGCACAGCAAAACGCCUCCGGGUGGGAGGUGCUGACUGCGGCGCCGGAUGACCGUUUCACGCCCGUCUCCAUGCCGCCCACGACGCGCCUCUCUUCCCUGUCCACCGAGCAGCGGGAGGGGUGGCACAGCGUGUACCUCGACAAGCAGGUGGAGCUGGCCCAGCACGUACACGCCGCCGUGCACGAGUCCGUCAAGUCGAUCUUUCAGGUUUUUCUCGACUUAGUGUUUGGUGUCGCGGCGGCUUCGCAGAGCACGCGGCACGCCUUGUUGACCGCAACGCCGGUCGAGCUGACGCAGGGCAUGCAGCUCCCCUAUCUGUGGUGUUGGCAGCCCUCACACGUUUGCAUCGACGACCUCGAUACGGUGCAGGACGGCAUCUUCGCCAUGUUGACACCGGCGUCGAGCGUCGUCUAUACUCUCACAGCUGAGGUGCCGGCGUUCCAGGAGCGACGCCGCUCGCACGAGCGGGUGGUGCUGGCGCUUGUGCGGUCGCUGCGCACGGAGCUGCAACGUGUCGGCGCCCUCACCACUACGGCACUGCGCGAGUCCCUGCGGUGCCGUCGGGCAGAGGUAGAGACGGUGCUGCGGUACUCCACGCAGGACUCCCGUGCGCUGGCCAAGCCGCUCGAGGGAGACCCCGAGAGUGAGGAGAAGGACGGCACGGAGCACAAAGACGGCGAGGAAGCGGAGCAGCAACCAAAAACACUCGACCUUGCCGCUCCUCCGCCGGCGUUUCCUGGGUUGGCGUCGUACAGCGCGGUCGAAGUGUGGAGUCACGGUGUGCCGAUGGACGACUGCGUGGCGGCCGAUGCCGCGGCUGCCGUGUUUCUCAUGUCCCACAUUUCCAGCUACUGGGGGCGGAGCGGCCCGGCCACCUCGCCGCUGUCGUACGGCAUUUACACGAAUACGGCCGCUGCGGCGGAGACCGUGUCGGAGGCCCUUGUGUCGUCGUCGUUUUCCCUGACCAGUGCCUCCCAAGGCGGGCAAAGGGCCGGAUCAUCAUCGUCGACGUCGGUGGUGCGAGUGUGGAAGGAGUCCCUGGAGGACAUGGGAAGUGAGACGUCGUUUGCUGCCGCCACCAACGUCGCCUCCGUCGCGUACACGAACCUGGAGGAGGCGGAGUGCGAGACAGACGUCGGUGUGGUGCUGCUCUCCGGACUGCUGGACGUGGUCAUUGGGGCACUGAAGAACAACCCGGCGAGUCACCGACCCGAUGUGCGGCAGCAGCAGUGGCGUCAGCUUUGGGCCGAAGCCUCCGACGGUUCGCCGUCGCUUUUUGUGACGCGGCUGCAGUGGUGGCUGUGGCGCCUGCUGCGCCGUGUGCGCCUCGGCGUCUUCUUCAUUGGCAGCCGGGAGGUCUUCACCUGUGUGCCGCUCUUCGCCAAGGUGGAGUCGUUUGUGCGGCUGCAGCGCCGUCUGCUUUCGCCAAAGGACGACCGUGCGUACUGGCUGCCCGCGGGGAUCGGCGCGAGUGUGCUGGCGAUGGUGUGCCCCGACCACUUCAAGUUUCGCUGCACCGCCACCGUGCAGGAGCGCGAGGCCGGUGACGACGAGGUGGAGUCUGAGCUGGCGGAUCAGCUAGAGGUGGAGGUGCAGAAACGUGGGGCCGAGAAGUGCCUGUCGCUGUGCCUCAAACCGUACGAGGGCUGCUCAAACCCGUCCCACGCGUGUCUACAGCCGUGCCACGUGCAGCGUCCUCUCGACCACCACCAUUCACUUUCUUCACACGCCGAGCCGGGCGCUGAGACGCACGACGCGGCGGCGACGGAGCGCGUCUUCCACGCCUGCUGUCCCUACCCGUGUGGAAACGUGCUGCCAUGCGGGCACGUCUGCCACCGCAUCUGCGGCCUCCCCUGCGAGCCGUGCACCUUUGCCGGCCUCACAGAGCUGUCGUGUGGGCAGCGGGUAGUGAGUGGGAUGGAGAACAAGGUGCUGCAGUACACCGUGUUUCACCACUUCCAGGAGCGGCGCUGCGGGGAGGCGACGGCGCCGUGUCGAACGCCGGUGUCGGUCCCGUGCACCCGCUGCGGCGCGCGGACUAUGAUACGGUGCCACCACGUCACGGCGCAGCAGGCGCGACGUCGCAACGCGGCAGCCGAGGAGCGCGCCGCACACGCCGGUGAGGCGGAGAAGGAGACCGGCGACGGUGUCGACAGCGACGAAGGCGCCUUCGUGAUUGGCGAGACGGCCUGCGCCGGAUGCGUGGCGCUGUAUAACAAGGUGGCGACGAAGUACGGCUACGAGUUGCUGCCGAUGCCGCCGACCGACCUGACCCAGAGAACGACAGCGGUUGAUCAUCCAGGGGACGCGGACAGCCACGGGGACGAGGAGCAGGCGGAGGCGGAGGACGAUGAUGACGACAGCGGCGACGCCCCGGGUGCAUCUCUGCCGCGCCAUUCCUUGUCUAUCGAAGCACAAGCCGAACUGCGCCGCGAGUUCACCACCGCUGGCAAAAAGAUGGAGCUCUUGGUGAUGAAGGAAGCACUGGAGAUCAGCAGCGGCCGGGCCACAGAGAAGACGGACUACGCCGUGUUUCGCGCCGAGUACGAGACGCUCAAGACGACGCAGGCAGCGCAGGAGAAGGCGUGGAAGGACGCACACCAAGCCGAUAUGGAUGCGUGGGCGACGAGGCUGCGCAAGGCGCUGACGACACAGUACGCCGUCAACACGGAGCUCGACACGAUGAUGCCGCGACUCGUGUCGGACGCCACCGACGAGGCGGAGGUGCAGCGACUGCAAUUUGUUGAAUGA